AUGGCCAAGAUUUUUCGGAAAUUCAAUGAAAUGCUUCAUCAAGGUGGCUAUGAUCAAGCUCAUGUGAAAGUCGUUCCGUGGGAUCAUCCCGUUGGUAACCGUGUCAAGUAUCUAUUUCGCAAGCAACGUGGUGUAAACCUUGGAUCCUGGUUCGCUCUCGAGAGCUGGCUCACGGGAAGCUUAUUUAAAAAUGCUAAGGAGCCUAGUAGCUGUGAUAUUGAUCUUGUGAAAGGCAUGAAGCCAGACGAUGCCAAAGCACUGCUUGAAGAUCAUUGGGACAACUUCAUCAAUGACGGAGAUUGGUCAUGGAUGAAGGCUCAUGGCAUCAAUUCUGUCCGCAUCCCUAUUUUAUAUCCGCAUUUUCUUGCAGGAAACCCGAAGCACAAAAAAUUGCUUAAAGGUACUGAGUAUGGUCCAUAUGACUUUGUAUAUGAAGGCGCGUGGAAACGCAUUGUUAAAGCAAUCGAGAAAGCUAGAUCUCUCAAUAUCGGUGUACUCAUUGAUGUGCAUGGUGUUCCUGGCGGUCAAAAUGGUGAUAGCCACUGCGGUAAAAGUGAUGGAAAUGCCGGGUUCUGGCAUGGAUCGCAUGCCUCAUCUAACAGAAAGGUGACAAUCAAAAUUCUCGUGGCUCUGGCUGAGGCUAUUUCUUGCUUUGAGAAUGUAAUUGGACUUGAGCUUAUGAACGAGCCACAAAAUCACAAUGCACUCGAGAGCUUCUAUGCGGAAGCGAUCAAAAGUAUUCGAUGUUCUUCAAAACCCGAUGCUGCCAGCAUGCCCCUCUAUGUCGGUGAUGCCUGGGAUACUAAUCACUACACACAUUACGUGGGAAAGCAUACUAGCUGUGAUAAUCCACUUGUGGUGGAUCACCACUUAUACCGCUGCUUUACACCGAAUGAUCAUAAGACAACAGCAGCAGCUCAUGCGAAUCAUUUGGACGUUGAGCAUCACGGCAAAACUGCAGUUUGGCUCGAGCAUAUGGCGAAUAACGCCAAAAACUCCAUCAUUAUUGGUGAAUGGAGUGGCGCUCUGAACCCUGGGUCAUUUCAAGGCUGCAAUGGCAAGCUUGAGGCUCGUAAGCAAUGGUCUUUAGCUCAAUGGCGAGCCUUUGAAAAGCUUACGGCUGGAUAUUAUUAUUGGACGCUAAAAAAAGAGGGGGGGCCUGACCCAGGCUGGUGUCUUUACACGGCCAUUGAAAAGGGUUCUAUGCCACCUUCCCUGAACCCCUUGGAUGACACGCAUGUUGACCUUAAUUUAUUGAAAAUUGAAGGAGAGAAGUGCAGAGAGCAGGGCUACAUGAAGCAUGUGAAAUACUGGGACAAUAAGGGAGGCCAUUUUGAUCAUGAGCAAUAUAACGCUGGGUUUAAAGUUGGUUGGUUCGAUGCUUUGGACUUUCUUGCUGAUGGUGCUGAAAUCGGAUUGCCUUUUCAGUUGGUCCAAUAUCGUAUCAAAUCUUAUCGUAAGGAUCAUGAUCAUAAGUUUAUUUGGGAGUUCGAGCAUGGUUAUACGCAAGCCCUGAACGCAUUCCGUAGAGUUCUGUACGCCUAA